ACAGAUUCUUUGUUUUUCUCUGCAGCAGCAGCCUCAGGCACCGAGCCGGAGCUCUCCGAUGGACUGGUUUGGACGCAGCCGGGUUUCGCAGUCCGGCCCUCAAGAGGUCCAUAGACAAGCCACCCUCUGAGCGCCGAUAUCGCCGCCAGGCUUGGUAGGAGUUAUGGUUCCUCAGGAGACUGAGAGCCGAACCGCCUCGCCCUGCUCCCGCAUGGCCUGCUGGGAGUUGUAUUUUAAUGGGAGUCCCAGAGCCCGGUUGGGCGCGAGAACAGCACUACGCUUUCCUGGAGGCCGCGGUGGGCGGGGGUGCCGCGUGGGCCCCGGCCUAGCCCCAACUCAAGAGCGCGUGCGCAGCCCGUUUCUCCUCGCACCCGAGUCCCGCCCGUUUCCCGCUCAGCUCCGCCCGCCCGCCUGCUCGCCCGCUUGCCCGCCCUCCAGGCCCGGCCCGGCCCCGGCCCGCCCUCCUCCGCCGCCCGGGCUGAUGAGGAGGCGGCUCCAUGUUUUCUUUUCUGCAAGCAGCGGCGACGGCGGCCUCAGCAGAGAGCGUGAGGAACCCAGGACCAACUGAAAAAGCGGACUGGGAUUCAGCAGGAGCGUCCCCUCCUUGGGUUUGGCCUUUCUUCAGCGGCAGCAUAACAGCACAGUGGGGACGCCAUGAAUCUCCAGCAUCCCAGCCCGGUGCAGAUCGUCUUGGUGCACAAAGAUCAACAUUCUUUUGAGCUGGACGAGGCCUCCUUGUCCCGAGUCCUCUUACAAGACCACGUCAGGGACCUUGAUGUCGUAGUGGUGUCAGUGGCUGGAGCCUUCCGCAAGGGCAAAUCCUUUUUAUUGGACUUCAUGCUUCGUUUCCUCUAUUCCCAGAAGUUGGGCGGCAGAACAGAAUGGCUGGGCAACGAAAAUGAGCCGCUGACGGGAUUUUCAUGGCGAGGGGGCUCGGACCCGGACACCACUGGGAUUCAGAUCUGGAGCGAGGUUUUCAUCGUGAAGAAGCCUGAUGGGAAGAAGGUUGCAGUUGUUUUGAUGGAUACCCAAGGUGCCUUUGACUGCCAUUCAACAGUGAAGGAUUGUGCCACUAUAUUUGCCCUUAGUACCAUGACUAGUUCUGUCCAGAUUUAUAACUUGUCCCAGAACAUCCAAGAGGAUGAUCUCCAACAGUUGCAGCUUUUCACGGAGUAUGGUCGUCUGGCGCUGGAUGAAAUUUUCCAGAAGCCUUUCCAGACGCUGAUGUUUCUGAUCCGAGAUUGGAGUUUUCCGUAUGAGUACAGAUUUGGCCUCAAGGGGGGAAUGCAGUUUCUGGAAAAGCGCUUGCAGGUGAAGGAGCAGCAACAUGAGGAGAUCCAGAAUGUCCGCAAUCACAUCCGCUCAUGCUUUAGCAGGGUCACCUGCUUCCUCCUCCCACACCCCGGCCUCCUGGUGGCCACCAACCCGGCCUUCGAUGGGAAGUUGAAAGACAUCGCUCCUGAAUUCAAAGAGCAGUUACAGGAGCUGAUUCCGUUUGUGCUGGAUGAGAAUAACUUGAUGGAAAAGGAGAUUAAUGGUUCCAAAAUCACCUGCCGUGGCCUGCUAGAGUACUUUAAGGCCUACAUUAAGAUUUACCAAGGAGAAGACCUGCCUCACCCCAAAUCCAUGCUGCAGGCCACGGCGGAAGCCAACAAUCUCGCGGCUGCGGCAUCUGCCAAGGACAUGUAUUAUAACAACAUGCAGAAGGUCUGUGGAGGGGAGCAGCCAUACCUGGCGGCCGAGAGCCUGCAAGAGAGGCACGACGAGUUCAAGAAGCAGGCCCUGGAGCAUUUCCAGAAGAGCAAGAAGAUGGGGGGCAAGGACUUCAGCCGGCGCUACCAGAACGAGCUGGAGAGGGAGAUCCAGUCGCUGUACGUGCACUUCGUCAAGCACAACAGCAGCAAGAACGUCUUCAGCUCCUUCCGCACCCCGGCCGUGCUGUUCAGCUUCAUCGUGCUGCUCUACGUGGGCUCGGGCUUCACUGGCUUCCUGGGCCUUGUCAGCAUCACCCAGCUCUGCAACUGCCUGCUGGGCUUCCUGCUCCUGGCCCUGGUGGCUUGGGGCUACGUGCGCUACUCGGGCCAGUACAGUGCGCUGGGGGGCGCCAUCGAUUCCAGCGCUGCCUUCGUCCUCCAGCAGGCUACCUCUUGCAUGGCGGAUUCCUCAGCUGACGGCGAGAACGAGGAGGAGGUGCGCUCAAGACCGUCCGAGGACAAGAAGAGCCAGUAGAGGCGGAGACGUGGCCCGAGCACAGCAGGACCGCCACGCCUCUCCUAAGGCAGCCAGACCCGCCUGCCACCCUGGAAGAAGACUCGAAAUUCAGUGCUGUAAUAAACGGAGCAGACGUUUGCCUGUGGCCUAAACCCACCUCCAGGCCUGUCGGGAGCCUUUCUUUCCCUUCCGGGAGAGGUCCCAGCCCACGCCUUGUUUUCAUGUUGUUCCACUUUCCUCCUGGCACUUGGGGGUGGGGGUGGGGGAGAGCAGCUUGACAAGCCCUUUGUACGUACCACACAGUGCCUUCUCAGGCUGGACUCCCUGGGAGCAAAGCCCCGUCCCAAAGCCUCUCCGCGAGUGAGGGGGCCGCGGAGUGCCGUGAGACUCUGCCGGCCAGCUGCUGGGGCCCCGCUCGGGAGGGCACACCCACACCUUCCUCGGGGACGGGAGGCAGAGCCUCACCACCGGCUCUCCUGCACCCCGGAUCUGGCCAGGGGAACGUGGGCCAGCCGCGGGCGGAAUGAAGAAAUCCACGCAGUGACCUGACGCGUCACCCGAGCUUGUGCCUUGGUCAAAUGGACUGUCUCAUGUAGUUGAGAUAGGAGCUUUGGUUCUACGUUUUACAUUUUAUUUGAACUUAACUGCAUUCUCUCAGAAGCUGGACAGAGCAGGCCUUCCAGAAGACCUGGAGGAGAAUCUUAGCAAGUCGAGCCACCUCCCGACGGUGCCUUGGUGGUUGGAGGCUCCUGGGCCUGUGUUCCACGGUGCCCCUGGGGCCAGACCGCUGCCCCCCAUCCCCGCUCCCCUUCUCUCCUGGCCCUGUGGAAGAAUGCAAUCCUGGGAGCCCACAGGGACUUGGACUCCUUUGGUGCCCCCUCGGAGAGCGGCGGCUUGCCUUCCCGAGAGGUCCACGAGAAGAUGGGCUGUGGCUCGCAUCGGCUGUGGGGGCAGGAAAUAUUGGGGGUCUGAUCCGUUGUCUUUCUCUACGUCGCUAUACUAGAUUUGAAAAUGCUGGCUUUCUCCGAGGCGCCUCUGCCAUCAGACCCACCUCCGCCAGCCUCAAGAACAUCGAGGGGAAGCUCGGAAAAGCGAGAUCCUCUUCUAUGCACGUCCGGGCAGAAGGAGUCUUUGGUCACCUGGUUCUGUCUGGAUUUCUGAAUCGGCUCUCGGGGCUUUGUCCCCUCUGAGGGCCUGGAUUAGUUCCAAGUACUUGGCAUUUUCUUCCAAAAUCAAAUGACCCCUGUAGAGUGCCUUGUAGAGGGCGGCUGUUCUGGUGGCCUCGCGUCUUAGCUUACCAUCUCAGGGUUUGGUUUAAUAGGGAGAUGCCAGGCUGUUUUCAGAAUUCAUCUACUGGCCUUCUCGGCAUUCUCCAGGCUCUGUUUUUAAUAAAGGGAUUGGAAGGUGGCGGCAUCUGAAAUCUGCUGGCAUUUUCCGGGAGCCCCUCUGGGCAGACUGCCCUCGUGCAGACACCUUGACCCUCCGAUGUGUUAGGAUUGGAGAGAAGCUUUGCACCUUGACGUAGUCUGUAAUCAGAUUCGUGGGUUCCUCAUCCCCAGACCCUGAAGUGAAGGGAAGGUCUCGUAUUGGAUCUUUGAUGCGGUAUGUGAUACAGCAGAACCCUGAGAAGUCAUCACUUAUUGACAAGUUGAGGGGGAUCAGGUGUCCGGCUUCCACUUGGGUCUGCCUUUACUUGUCGGGUCUGUCUUAGUGUGGCCGGCUCGGGCAGAGUCCAGUUAAGUGUCCGGUCUCCCCUGGGAGGAGGUGGACUCGUUAUUGGACAUUUGAACCUUUUUUGCAUUCUCCCAGCUUGGGGUGGAUGGUGGACCAGUUGUUUGUUUCUUAGCAGAGAGGCGAGAAGGCCUUGAUGCUCAGGGCGGGCCUUUGCUGGCCUUUUCUUGCACAUGUCCUUCAGCACAUUCCUUUGAUAGGUUGUUAAGCACAAAUGGAGAUGGGACCGUCAGGAAAAGGCCGUCUCUCCUAGUGAGAGUGUUCUUUAAUGCUGAUAUCACCUCUAGUCUAAAAAUCAAGAGAAAUUAAAAUUAAGUUGUGCCGGACACAGGGCCACGAGGCCCACUCAGUUUGGGGAGAGGGACUAGGGUGGGAAUCGUGAUCAUGUCCUGGGAACUGUGGCCUGGUUUAGUGGACAAGUUAGAGCCGUUGGUCUGGACCGGGGGGCCUGUGAUGUUAUUACCGACUUUGCACUUUGUAAGAUUGCCUGCGUGUUUUUGUCCGUCUCCUUUGUUUCUCUUUCACAGAAAAUAAAAUGCUUUCAGCAGAGAAACAAGCAAAGGCGCCCCGGCCCGGCAGGCUCGGCCGUGCUCGGCUAACCCUGCCCAGAGGCCGCCCCAUCAGGUGCUUGUUUUCUCUUGGACACAUUCCCAUGCACUCCCAGAGGUGUGUGUUCCACUUCAGGUGGAAGCAAGGAGAUGUACUCUUGGAUUUUAAAAUGUUUUUUAAAGACUUCUGAAUUAAUGUCGUUGGUAGCAUAUAGAGCACUCUGACGUUUAGGUAUCUGCUGGCAGAAAAGUAGUAACAAGAAGCCAAAAAGAAGCCCCCCGGCUGGUCCUUGAGGGACCCAAUCUCUGGUUAGCGGUGCUUGGUGCCCCGGACGCUGGCUCUGGGGCCGCCUCCAACCCCACAGGGCCGUGAACAGGCCGUGGAGCUUCACGUUUCGACACGGGAACUUUUUGUUUGACUUUGAAAGUCAUCCGGGAAGCCGGAGGUGAGGUCUUCGGGGCGCCUUGUCAGGGGCCCAGGAAAGGUGUCCGAGUGCCAAAUAGGAUCCUCUGGUAACCAGCUUGGGAGAUUGGCAGCAGUCCCCCAGCCCUGCCCCAACACCCCCGAGGAGGUCAAAGGUGCUGGCUCCUGUGUCCAGUCACCGACUGGGGGCAACAGAACUGGGAAGUUGAUUAAAAUCAGCCCAGACUGCUAUUUUUUUUCAAUUAGAAAAUGAUCUGAAUCCUCUUUCUCCAAUCACUAAAACACUGAAAAUCCCCUCCAGGCCCCACAUAGAGAUGAUGAGGUUUCCAGAAUCGGGUUGGAGGGUCCCCACAUCUUGUGGCCUGGCUUGGUUAUUGUGGCUCCUGGGAGCUGGACCUGCUGGCCAUGUAGCUCUGAGGGUGGCAAGACUAUGGAAAAAAACAUUCCUUUCUUGACUAGGAUUUCUGUUUUGUGACAGCCCACGUGGGAAUUCCAUGUGCCAAAGCAAAGAAUGCGCUUCAUCUAGUUCCCAAAGAUUCCUGACUUAGGUUUGGGCAGAAGGGCUUGCUGGUCACCCACCAGUCCCCGGGGGCUCCCGCUCAGACCCGUUGUGUUUGUAUUGUGGAACUGUUGGUCAAGCACCGACUCCCACCCAGCUAUUUGUCUGUUUUUUCAUUUGUUAGCCCUGGAAAAGUGCAAUCAGAUGAGUGUAUCCAUCCACCCAUCCGCUGGACUCUUAACAAAGCGUGCGUGUCUCUCUAUCACAUACAUCAAGAGUUGUGAGAUUAUGUAAUGGAAUAAAGACCACACCAUGACUUCA